AUUGAGUGGCAGCAGUAAGCACUUUAUUAGUAAACAGACCAGUGGAUUAGUGUCAAUGAUAAUUUCAGAUUUUUCUGAUAUUCUUUUAUUAAUACUUAAUGAAAUAAAAUUAUCGAGCCCUUGUGUUUUGAAAUAACGGUGACACUCAGCCACUAAGGGGAAUUUCUGUGCAGAAGGAUGUCUCAAUGUUCUAUUUGCGCUUUAUCAUUUACAUUGAAAAAGAACCUCUACCAGCACCUGAGAAAUAAACAUAAUGUUGAGCCUGAAAUUUCUGGAAAAAUUACAUGCCCUUUGAAUUGUGUUAACAAGUUCCGCACUCAGAAGGAACUGAGAAGUCAUUUGGAGUCUUUCCAUCAUUGUUCAUUGGAGCAAGAGGUUCAAGAAUUUCCAGACUAUGAAACAUUUGAAUCUUGGAAAAAAGGACAUGAAGCUUCUUCUGGAUAUUCUUAUAUAUGUAGGAUAUCUAAAAAAUUACGUCAAACUGGAGAAUCUAAAACUCAAUACAUUUGCCAUCGAUCUGGUGUCCAUAGGUCAGCGUCUAAAGGACAUCGGAAGCUGAAGAAGGUAGGUUCGAACAAAAUUGGAACCACCUGCCCAUCUCUUAUGGACGUUUCCCACUCACUCUCUGACGGAAUUGUCAAAGUCAUUUAUUAUAAAACUCAUAUUGGCCAUGACGCAGAUAUUGUAAGAACCAGUCAGUAUAGGGCGGUACGAAAUAAAAUUUCAGUUCCUAUUCCUUAUGAUGUCUGUGUUGUUCUACCAGCUGCUGGUACCGGAGAGCGUAUGGGUGUGAAUAUACCUAAACAAUAUAUACAAAUUCACAAAAAACCCAUUAUAUGCUACACUGUUGAAUCAUUUUUGAGACUUCCUUACAUUAAGAAAGUGGUUGUGGUUGCUGCGCCUGAGAGCCUAACUGUGAUGAUCCAAACAUUGAGCGAGAUGUGCGCACUUCAGGGUGAGAAAUUGAUGGUGACGGAGGGUGGAUCUUUUAGGCAUCAGUCCAUAGAAUCUGGAUUAAGAGCUAUACUCACUUGCUGUGAGCCUUUACCUGAGAUUGUAGUGAUUCAUGAUGGAGUGAGGCCUUUUUUAUCAGAAGAAAUUGUUCAUAAUGUUGUAUCUGCUGCCAAAGAACAUGGAGCUGCUGGAGUGACUUGUCCUUUGGUGUCUACUGUGAUAUCGGGUGAUGCGAAAGGUUUCUUGGAGAGUUCUUUAGAUAGGAAUAAAUACAAAGCGAGUGAAAUGCCUCAAGCCUUCAAAUACAAUGUAAUCUGCAAAGCAUAUGCUGAGUGUUCUGCUUAUGAUUUAGAACAUGGAACAGAAUGUCUACAUUUGGUGCAGAAAUAUGCUGGAGUAAAGGCAAAGCUACUCCCAGGAACAUCACAUUUAUGGAAGGUUACUCAUCGCAAAGAUAUUUACACAGCUUCUGCAAUGGUGAAAGAAAGUCAGAGUGUAGGCAUAGUUUGUAACAAGCCAUUUCCUGCUUUUCUACCAUUUUUGAAAAUAUCUCUGAGUAAAAAGUUUAAAAGU